AUGCCAGUUGAAGCAUUUGUCUUGAGUAAAUUGACUUCCUUCUUACCAAAUAAUACAACUUCAAUCACGGACUUGCCAGAAAUUGAGAAUUUAUCACUGGCGGAUCCGCAAUUCGGAGAACCAAGCAGAGUUGAUAUUAUUUUGGGCGUUGACAUUCUUAGCCAAAUCAUCUUAGAGGGUCUUAAGAAACAUCCAUCGAAGUGUGGCCUCAUUGCACAGAACACGCAAUUAGGUUGGAUAUUAUCAGGACGUAUUCAUAAGACUAAUAAAUAUAAUAAGAUUAUCAAUCUCCAUCUACAAUUGGAAGAGGACCAACUCUUAACCAAAUUUUGGGAGAUAGAAAGAGGACCAGAGAAUAUAGUUAAGAAAAUGACAAGAGACGAGACAAUUUGUGAAGAGUUUUUUGAAAAAACAACAAAAAGAGAUGAAGAAGGACGGUACAUAGUAAGGUUACCAUUUAAGGAAGAAGAUCCACAGUGUUUUAAAGGUGAAACAAAAGAAAUUGCACUAAGAAGAUUUAAACUACUAGAACGAAAACUAAUAAAAAAUCCAGCCUUAUAUGAUGAUUACAAAAAGGUGAUAGAAGAUUACAUAAUUCAAGGUCAUAUGAUUAAGGUCUCGAAUUCAGAUACGAGUUCUAGAGCAUUUUAUCUUCCACAUCACGCUGUUGUAAGAGAAGACAAAGAAACUACCAAGGUUCGAUGUGUUUUUGACGCCUCUUGUAAAGGAUCUAACAACGUUGAAACGUUAGCUGAACCAAUAGAUGAGAAGUCCAAGUACCCAAUAGCAGCCAAGAUAACUUUGCAAGAUUUUUAUAUGGAUGACUUAUUAACGGGCGGUGAUGAUGAAGUUGAGAUUAUUGAUAUCUACGAUCAAAUGAACAAAUUGAUGAAUGCUGGAGGCUUUUGUCUACAAAAGUGGUGCACAAAUAGCGAGAAGUUACUUAAUCACAUCAAAGCAGAUAAAAUAAGAUCAGAUCAAGCUGUGAUUUUUAAAGAAAAUAAUAUGAUUAAAGUUCUAGGUAUAUGUUGGAAUAAAAAUACAGAUAAUUUUGAAUACUUGCAUCAUUUACCUGAAGCAGAUAUGCCCGUAACGAAAAGGAAGGUAUUAUCAGAUAUCGCAAGAUUGUACGAUCCAUUGGGAUGGAUUGCGCCUGUUAUCAUUACAGCCAAAAUUUACAUGCAGAAGUUGUGGAAGUCUGGUUUAGCUUGGGAUGAUAACCUUACACCAGACCUGUUAAAAGAGUGGCUAGCGUUUCGACGAGAUUUGAUUAACGUACAAGGCAUAAUGAUUCCAAGAUGGUUGCAAGUAAAACGUGACUAUUACGUAGAACUUCACGCAUUUGCAGAUGCUUCGCAAGCUGCCUAUGCUGCUGCAGUUUACAUGAAAAGUAGAGAUGAAAUAGGGAAUGUUAGAGUUCAUCUAAUCACGGCAAGAACUAGAGUUGCCCCAGUGGAGAAAGAAAUAUCCAUCCCACGUCUUGAACUAUGUGCAGCUCUACUUGCAGCCCAAUUAAUGUUUGAAGUGUCGCAAGUUCUUAACAUUCCAAAGGAACGAUUACGAGCUUGGUCCGAUUCCACCAUAGUGUUAGCAUGGAUAACGGGCGAACCAAGUCGUUGGACGACGUUCGUCAGCAAUAGAGUGUCAGAAUUAUUGACGAUUCUAAAUAGAGACCAAUGGAAUCAUGUCAACUCAAAGGAGAAUCCUGCUGAUUGUGCAUCAAGAGGAAUUCAAGCCGAAGACUUGAAGGAUCUCAAUUUAUGGUGGUGUGGCCCAUCAUGGCUUAAAGAGAUUAAUGAGUACAAAACAUAUAAAUCCAGUAAUUUUAUAACUAACGAGGAACAAAGACCCAUUAAGAAUAUGAGCGCAGUAGUUCAAAUAAAGGAAGAGGAAUUCCUGUGGACGAAAUUUUCGAAUUUGCAGAGACUAUUGCGAGUUUUAUCUUAUUGUCGAAGAGUUCUGCUAUGGAGAAUACCAAAUAAGAUGAAACUUCUAUCAGAAAACAUUACGCCAGAAGAAAGGAACAUAGUUUUACGAAUUUGUAUAAAAGACACCCAAUAUUUCCAUUUUAAGAAUGAUAUUAAUAAGUUAAAGUCUAAUGGAUAUGUAUCAAAAUCUAGCAACUUACAUACCCUUUGUCCUAUUCUUGAUGUCGAUGGUGCUGAUAAAGAAUUGAGAGAGAUGUUUAAUAAGGCAACUUCUGACUUUUCUACGGAAAUAAAAACCUUGCUCGCAAAUGAAGGUACUACGUGGCACUAUAUACCACCUCAAGCACCAAAUUUUGGAGGACUUUGGGAGGCCGGUGUUCGAUCUACAAAGUAUCAUCUCAAAAGAGUUAUAGGUGACACUACUUUAACUUAUGAAGAGCUUUCUACGGUACUGACGCAGAUAGAGGCGUGUUUGAAUUCACGACCGUUGUGUCAAAUGAGUGAUAAUUCGGAUGACGUAUUGCCACUAACUCCCGGUCAUUUCCUUAUUGGAGAACCAUUGAUAACAAUUCCUGAUGAAGAUUACUCCAAAAGCAAUAUCACAGGUCUACAGCGAUGGAAACUUGUACAAAAAAUGUUAAAUGAUUUCUGGAAGAGAUGGUCAGCUGAAUAUCUGAUUACAUUAAACCAACGGUUUAAGUGGUUAUCGAAGAGAGCUGAACCAGAGAUUGGUGAUAUAGUUAUUAUCAGAGACGAAAAUUUGCCACCCGCAAAGUGGCUACUUGGAAAAAUUGAGGAGAAGCACUCGGGGAAGGACAAUAUAACCCGUGUUGUUACAGUUAAAACCAAGAAUGGUCUUCUCAAAAGAGCUUGUAACAAACUUUGUUUUUUACCCAUGACUGAGUCUGUCAAUGGUGAUUAA